UAUGCUAUACUAAUGUGCACUAAUGUGUCAGUGUCGUACGAUAUAAGUAAACUAUGUAAAGUUUUUCCAAAAGUAAAUUGGUAUUAAGAUAAUGUGAAUUGUUUGACGAUUAAACUAAAACAGCAUUAAGUAAAAAUGUCGGACAGUAUAAAAGUAGCUGUUAAAGUAAGACCUUUAAUUAAACGGGAAAAGGAUGAUAAUCUGCCGAUACAAUGGACAGUUCAAGGGAAUUCUAUUAUUUCCACGGAUCCAGAAAUGAAAAAACGUGGAGAUGGAGGAUUUUGCUUUGAUCAUAUAUUUGAUAUGAACAUAUCUAAUUUAGAUGUAUUUAACGCUAUUGUAAAACCUAUUGUUAAUGCUGCAGUAAAUGGCUUCAAUGGAACAGUAUUUGCUUAUGGUCAGACAAGUUCGGGUAAAACCUAUACCAUGAUGGGUACUAUGGAAGAACCUGGUAUUAUACCGCUUGCUAUUGAACACAUGUUUGAUGCCAUUGCUAAUAGUGCUGGACGUGAAUUUUUAUUAAGAGUAUCAUAUUUAGAAAUAUACAAUGAAAGAGUUAAUGAUCUUUUGAACAAAACUGGUAUUGAUUUAAAAGUGAAAGAAGAUGGAACUGGACAAGUAAUUGUACAGUGUAAAGAGGAAAUCACGAAUAGUCCUGAAAAUGUGUUGGCCAUAAUGAAGAAGGGAGACAAAAAUAGAAGAAUAGGAGAGACUAAUAUGAAUGAGCGUAGCAGUAGAAGUCAUACCAUAUUUAGAAUUACAAUUGAAAGCAGAGAAGCUGGGGGAAGUUCAGAAGGUGCUAUCCAAGUAUCACAACUGAAUUUAGUAGAUCUUGCUGGUUCUGAAAGAGCACGACAAACAGGAGCAACUGGUGAAAGAUUCAAAGAGGGGAGGCACAUCAAUUUAUCUCUUUCCACAUUAGGUUUAGUAAUUAUGCAAUUAAGUGAAUCACAGGACGGUCAAAAACACGUUAAUUUCCGCGAUAGUAAACUAACAAGAUUACUGCAGACUUCGUUGGGCGGUAAUGCUAUGACAGCAAUAAUUUGUGCCAUAACACCUGCCGCUUUGGAAGAGACUCAAUGUACUUUAUCUUUUGCAUCUCGUGCUAAAAGUGUAAAGAAUAAACCACAAGUUAACGAAGUUAUGUCCGACGCAGCACUUUUAAAACGAUAUGCAAAGCAGUUGGCUAAACUUCAAGCAGAAUUAGAGAAAAUAAAAACUGGACAUCGGUCUGCUGAAAUGGAAGAAAUGGAAUCAAAGUUACAAGAAAAGGAUCGUAUUAAUCAAUUGUUAGAAGAGCGUAUCGAAUUAUUAAAAACUCGCAUUGUUUCCGGGGAUAUUUCGGAUCCAGAAGAAUCAUUCAAGUACAGAUCUAAAAGAAGACAGACAUGGGGUGGUCCUGCAAUGUUUAAUCAGCAUUUACCUGCUUUUCAGCCUAAAACUGGUUUACCGACUAUAAAAGAAGUAUCGUUUGAAAAGCCGGAAAGAAAAAAUGUACUUCAGUCUAUAGAGAUGAUGAAUCAAACAUUUCAAACAGAGUUUGCUGAUUUUGAAUUAGAAUUAUUUGAAAGUGAAAGAAAUCGAGAAUCUAAAGGGGAUGGUAGCGAUAGCGAAGAAGUACCUUACAUCACAAAACGUAAACAUCGUGUUACAUUUAACGAUGAUAUACAUACGAUUAAGGAGAAGAAUAGUUUUGAUACAACACCAGAAAAGUGUAAUAUAUCAACUCAAACCGGUUUCCAUAUUUCCCCAUCUACGCCAAAACAAACUUUACGUCAACGUAUCACUGAUUUGACCAAAGAAUUUGUGGAACUUCGCGAGUUUACAACACUAGAAAAACAAUUAAUGUGUCAAGAAAAUUGUUUUGUACGCGAAGAAGCACAAAUCCUUCCAGGGAUUAAAACUCGGUUGAACUAUGACUUGGAAGAAAUUGAAGAAACAAAAGUAGCCCCAGCCAGCUACGACACAGAAUGUAUUUCGGAAGUGAAGAAACGACUUACAGAUCUCAAUCUUGCUGAAGAAAAAGAUGUAAAUCGUAUAAUUAUUGAACUGUGCGUUAAAUUAAACGAAGUUGAGAAGCAACAUUCUUUAGAAAAUGAUGAACAUCGUAAGAAAACGAAACAGUAUUCAGAAUUGAAGAAACAAAUUGAAAAUACUACCUCAGAGAGAAACGAAUUUGAAUAUAUCAGUCGUGAACUGCGCGCAGAACUGAAGAAAAAAACUGUGGAAUUAGAAUUGAAAAACAUGUCGGAGGAAAAUAUAAAACAGCAAGAAAUGAACAAAAUUUCAGAGUUGGAAAAGAAGAUUGAAAGUAUCACUUUUGAGAAAAAUCAGUUUGAACGUAGUAAUGUUGAAUUAAGUGCUGAAUUAUCGAAGAAGACCACAGAAUUGCAAAAACAAAUUGAAGAUAUUAAUUCUGAAAGAAAUGAAUUCGAACACAUACGUCGCGAAUUGCGUAAGGAAUUGAAUAAAAAGUCUUUAGAAUUAGAAAGGCUGAGGAAUGAUUCAAUCGUUGCGAAUACAGAAACAGUACACGAUAGAAUUGUAGAAUUAGAAAAAGAAAUUGAAAGCAUCAGGUUUGAAAGAAAUAAAUUUGAACAUACGAAUACAGAAUUGGAAUCUACUGUUAACUCAGAACGAACUGAAAAACAAAAGGCAAUUGAAAAGGUUUCUGAGUUAGAAAAGCAGAUUGAAGAAGUGGUUUCAAAUAAAAACCAAGCUGAAAAGAAAAUUACUGAUUUAGAAUCAAAACUUCUAUCAGAGCGAUCUAUUAAUCAGGAAGUAACAAACAAAAUUUCCGAAUUGGAAAAACAAAUUGAACGUGUUACUUUCGAGAAAAAGGAGCUUGAACAGAUUAACUCUGAUUUAAACAACAAUGUUUCUGAACUUAAGUCAGCAAUUGAAUUACAACAAACCGAACAUCAACAGGCGAUUGAGAAGAUUUCUAACUUAGAGAAAAAAGUUGAAACCACAAUAUCUGAGAAAAAUAAAGUCGAAUGCAUCAAUACUAAAUUACAGUCUGAACUUGAUCAAAAAAUGUCUGAACUUGAAACAGAAGCAAUAUCACAGCAACCUGGAAAUCAAAGAACAGUGGAACUAGAGAAAGAAAUUGAAAAUUUAACAUUCCAGAACACAGAACAUGAACGUGUUAAUAAUGAAAUACGCGAUGAAUUGAAUCAGAAAAAUGCUGAAGUUGAAGACAAUAGAAUGUUACAAGAAAAAGAAAAUCGUAAAGCGAUAGAAAAAAUCGCUGAACUUGAAGUACAAAUUGAAAGUAUAUCAUCUAGGAAUAAUGAAUUGGAACGUAUCGUUGCUGAGCUGAAUGCAAACAUAAUAUCAGAAAAAACUGAGAAUCAAAAAGCAAUGGAAACGAUCUCUGAAUUAAAUAAACAAAUUGAAAGCAUCACACUUGAAAGAAAUAAAUUGAAUAUCGAAUUGAAAGAGAGAAUUUCUGAAUUUAAUCAUGCUGCGUGUAAAUCAUUUGAAGCAUCAAGUAAAAAUAUUUCGGAAUUGGAAUCAAAAAGCGAAUAUGAAUAUAUAAGCGAAAAUAAUGAUCUGAAAAAUUGCGUAAAAGAUUUACAAGACACUUUAACAAACGUACAAACAGAAAAUCAAGAUUUGAAAGAUCAAUUAACAAAUCAAUCUAUCUUGCAAAGUUCAAAAGUUAAUGAAAGCAAUGCAGACCUUUCAAGUUUGAUUAUAAAUAUAGAAACAGAAAAGAGCGAAUUGGAAGAAGUUCUUCAAUUAAAAAGUCGGGAGUUGGAAGACAUAAAAAAUGAUGUUCGUGGGCUUAAAACAGCCAUACAAAAUUUACAAGACACUAUUUAUUUGUUAACGACUGAAAAUAUGGAGAUGGCUAAUAAAUUAACCACUGAACAAGAGAAUGCAAAACAAACAGAGCUUAAUCUUCAGAAAACAAUCGAUGAACUUUACAUGCGGAUUUCUGAAGUUACAAACGAGAAAAUUGAUUUAGAAAGUGAUUUGGAAACUUUAAAAGAUCAACUGGAAUCCAUGCGUUCUAAGAUGCCGGAAACAAGCAAUGAAGAUUCAUUGUUUGCAACGUAUCAAAUUAAAAUCGACAAAUUAACAGCAGAAAACAUUGAAUUAUCAACUUCCAUUGCAGAAAAAAAUAAGGAACUUGAGAGUAUCAAAGAAAGUAAGUCGCUAUUGUUUGAUCACGAAUGUAUUUAUAAAGAAAAAAUGACUAUUCUUGAAAAAAACAAUAAAUGUCUAGUAGCGGAAAAUAACGAGCUCUCGACUGAUUUAAUAGAUAAAAUAGAAGAAAACGACAAGUUGAAGGAAGAAUGCGAUAUAUUAAAAAGUAAAACAAAACAAUUGUUGACAAUAAAUGAAAAUUUUGCUGAAAAUGAAGUAGAACAGUUAAAGGUAGAAAAUAAUACAUUGUUAGCAGAAGUUGCAGAAUUAAAGACUAAAGUAACAAUACUGUCUGAUGAAAAUGCAAAGUUUUCAAAUAAUUUAUUAGAGACUCUAGAAGAUCUUGAUUCUUCCUGUAAUGAAAAAUCAUAUAAUAAUACCUUACACUUAUCAACGAUAUUUCAAAACAGUACAAUAGAUAUCGGUGAGGAUCAGGAUGAAGGGAAUCCUGAGGUGUUGAAAAAUAAAGUUACAAUGCUACAGAACAAGAUAGACCACGUAGUACGUUUAAAUAAAAAAUUAAGCGAUUUGAAAUUAACUUCUUGCAGUCAGUGCGCGCACUUAAGAAAUGUAAGUGAAAGUCGCCGAGCUCUUAAACUGGAAGCAAAAGUUCUGAAUCAAAAGCUGCAUGAUUUACAAAGAAAGUUUGAUCGUAAGUGCGCGGACACUGAGAUCCUGAAACAGAAAGUUAAUCAAGACCUAAAUGUGAGUGAAAUUAAUACUUCUUUAAAUGUUAGCUUUGUAAAUGAAAUGGAUAUUAGCUUUGUCGAAGGGAAAAUUCAGAGCUUAAAUGACGAACUGGAAACUUUAAAAACCGAUCAUGACAAAUUAUCAAUUUUAUAUGAAGAUAAGUGUAAUGAAUUGAAGAAGCUUCAAGGUGGUAUGAUUGCAAAUACGACGAAUGCUACUGAUAACUUAACACUAAAGAAGGAUUCGAAUAAAGGCGAAAACAGAGUACGUCAAAUGCAGAAUUACAUUAGUCAGUUGAAGGAUGACGUGGACGAGAUGAAGAAGAACAGCACGAAUUUCACUGUUAUGUUUAAUCAGUUCAAAAUUGAAAAAGCAGAACUGCUAGAUGAAAUUAAUAUGUUGAAAGAACUGAAUGAGGAGUUGCAACAAAAGGUGGCAAACAACGAAAGCAUAUCGAUAAAUAAGGUACAAAUUCUUGAAAAUGAUUUAGAGAACAUGAGCAAGGAAAUUGAACACUUUUCUAAGCGAGAAAAAGAAUUCGAAAGUCAAAGGCUGAUGUUAGAAGUAGCGGUAGAAAAUUUAAAAGUUGAAGAAGAAAAUAAAAAUGUACUAAUUACUCAGUUAAAUGAACGUAUUUUUUGUUUAAGCAGUGAAUUGGAUAAAAUGAGAAAUCAGAAAAAUGAAUUAAUUGAUACGAAUAUAAUUCAAGAUAAAGAAGAAGAAUUAGAAUGUUUGAAGAAACGAUGCGAAGGAUUGCAAAAAGAAAAUAUGCAAAGUAAGGAACUGGAACAGUACAAUGCAUCAAAAAUCAAAGACAUGGAAGCGCAUAUAAAUAAUUUACAAACAGACAUAAUGAAUAAAGAAUCUUUAUUUGCAGAACUUCAGAAGAGAACGUUUUAUUUGGAACAGCUUUUGCAAGAAAAUGAACAAGCAAAACGUUUUCUUAGAGAAAAAUUACAAGCAGCUGAAACUGAAGUAAUUGAAUUCAAAAAUAAUCUAGAAAUGAAAUAUAAAAAUGAAUUUGAUUCAAUGUCACUGCAAUAUCAACAGUGUCUAGAAAAAUCUCAAAACAGUGUACAACAAUUAAAUGAUACGUUAAAUAAAUAUGUUGAUGAAAAUUUGAAGUUAACAGGAGAACUAAGUAGUUUACAAAGCAUUAAACAAAAGUACAAUGAAAUGAUGAAUGAAAAAGAACAAGUACUUAGUAGGAAAAAUAUAUUAGACAGUGAUUAUGAAAAACUGAAAGAAGAAUUAGAUGAUAUUAAAACAUGUAUGAUUAUAGAAUUAACAUCGCUCAAAUGUAACAUAAAUUCAACAGCUAUUUCAUAUUUAUCUAUAAACGAAAUCUUUGUAGUUUUGUUGGAGGCGCUUGUAUCUAAAGAAAAAGAAGUAAUUAAAAAUCUACGUGAAACUUGUGAAAAAGAGAAACGGAAAUUAGAAGAUGAGAAACAGCAGUGUAUAGAUAUGGAGAAACGUACGACGAUAUGGGCUAAAGAAUUGGAAGCAGAAAUUGAGAAACUUCAUUCUGAUAUCAUGGAACGAGAACAUGCCCAGAAGGAGUACAAAAAUAAAGUUUCUCAGUUCGAACAUCUUUUGAAAGAGAGCACUCGUGAAAACGAGAUUCUUAAACAACAAGUCGAAACAUUAGAAGCGGACUUCAACAAUGUACAAACUGAAUUUAAUAAACAGUGUGGAAUUGAUAAUCAACAAGAAAGAGCGAUACUUGUUGCUCAAAAACGAGAAAAGGAAGUGCAGAAAAUUUUUGAAUGUAAGGAAAUGGAGUUACAUUCGAAGAUGAAAACCGAGAAGGACAUGUAUGAAAAGAAAAUAAGCGAGCUAUUGUAUACUAUUGAAUCUUACAAAACUCAGAAUUUGGAAUUAAAUAGUAAUAUCGAAGGACUAGAGGCUAAUGAAAAGCAAUUGAAGAAUAUUUUAGAAGCAAAUUCAAUUGAAAUGAAGAAGAAUAAUCAAAAUAUAGAUAACAUGAAUGCAGAACUCGAACAAUUUACACUGGCUUAUAAUAAAUUGACUGAGGAGAUGGAUCAAAAGAAUUCUCAUAUCGAAAAAAUCACUGGAAUCUUAAAAAGCAAAUGUGAUACUCUUUCUGAGUAUGAAACCAGGCUGGAAACGGUUUUAUCAGAAUAUGAAAUGUUAAAGGAACAUGUUAAAGAUCAGACAUCAGUCAUACAGCGACAUAAAGAAGAAAUAGAAAAAAUAAAAAAGGAGAGAGAAGAACAAUUGGAAAUUAUCGAAGGUAAAUUAAAUUCAGAGGAAAUAAAGAAUGCUGGAUUAACUAAGCAACUAAAUGAAUUGAACAAUAAAAAUAUCUCUUUGAUAGAGGAGCUAAACGACUUAAAAGAAAAGUAUGAAGAACUUCAAGAAGUAAAUGCAAAAUUAGAAAGAAAGAUUAGAAAUAGUACCAGUAAAAUUAAAGCACAGACAGAAAUAGAAGAAUUGAAAGAAUUAAAUAAAACAUUGCAGAAUAAUUUAGAAGGUGCGAGGAAUCGUGUGAUAGAACUUCAAGAAGCAAAGAGUCAGACUUUGAAGGAGUUAGUUGACCUGAAAGGUAAAUAUGAACUUACAUUGCAAGAAAAUGCAAAAAUAAAAACAACAUCAUCAUCAUAUAAGUCUAAAUACUCUAUUUCAAGUACAACAAUAGACGAAAGCAAGUAUGAUGCGCUUCUUUUAGAGAAAAAUAAAAUUGCAUUAGAAUUGGAAGGUAAUAAAUUAAUAUUAAAUCGAAAAGUUGAGGAACUUAAGAUAUCUGUAAGUCAAGUACAACAAUUAACUAAGGAAAAUAAAGAACUAGAUAAAGAGUUGGAUGAAUAUGCAGCAGUAAUUCAGGAAAAAAAUGCUGAAAUUUCAAAAUUAGAGGCCGAAUUGUACGAGGUAGAACAGAAAUUGGAAGGAUGUAGGGAGGAAAAUAAAAAACUUCAAGGGCAAGUGGGAACAUCUAAAUUGAUAUCGGAAACAGAGAUGAAAAUGGACAUCGAGACAGAGGAUGAGAUCAGUGUUAAUGCAUUGAAAGGAGAGAAUUUAGAAUUACAAGCCAAAGCAGAUAACUAUAAAAAAGAAUUAGACACACAAAAAUCAUUAUUACGCCAAAAAGAGAAGGAAUUUAUGGAAUACAUGCUUAAGAUACAAGAUUUAACAACAAGAAACAGAGAGCUCCAUAAUGAAUUGGAUAAAUGCGCAGUAGGUAUUCGUGAUCGUGAUGGUGUAAUUUCAAAAUUAGAGAAUACUUUACGUUUACGUUCAGUAGAGAAGAGUAUGGAUAAUACUUUAAAAGAAAAUCUAGAUACCUUCAAGAUAGAAAACAAAAAACUUAAAAGUGAAGUUGAAGAACUUGAAAUGAAAUUAAGAAUGUAUUCAAACAAUGAAGGAGUCACGCUAAGAAGAGAUAGUUCAAAACAAAAAUUACAAACUACAUUUGAUCAAAGUCUUGGUGAACAGGAGGAUAAGAGUCAACAACUGAAGAAUAAGAUUCGUGAUUUAGAACUUGACAUAGUGUCGCAGAACGGGAAAAUUGCAACAUUAGAAAUUCAAAUCCAGAGUGAAAACUUUCCCUAUCAGAAAAAAUGUAAAGAACUAGAGGAAGUCGUCCUUGCGUUUCGCAAUAAGAAUGCUAAGUUAAAUUCUGAAAUAAGGAAACUACAAAAAACUAUGAACGAUGUCAAUGCGUGGGAAUGCGAUAUCUGCAGGCGAUGGCAAGUUAAUAGAAAAGAUCAAGCUUGUCAAACGAUACCUGAUAACGCAAUACGUUUCUGCAGCAGCAAUAGCGGAGUUGUUGAGGACUAUACAAAAAUGCAAAAAUUAUUGAAAGAAAAACAAAUGAUGAAAGACUUAUGCCGCUCCCGAGCAAGACUAAUAAGAGAAUUAGAAAAUAGAAUAAAAGAACUAGAAAAAAUAUAGGGUUCUCUUGUUCCAAAAAUGAAUUGACGCAAUUGGUAAGACAUCACUGAACAUUUGAACUAAAUAUCGGAAAAUUUUUACUUUGUGUCACGUCUCCUGUUUUUAUGUGUGCAACGCAUACAACAAUUAUUUAUUUAUAUAUAUAUAUAUAGAUGUGUGUAUAAUAUUGUGCAAUGUAUACAUAUUUUAAAAGAGCAACAGUUACAGGUAUCAAAAAAUGUAAAUAACCAAUGUUAAAUCGACAGUGAUAUAUAUCUUACCAUUAAAUCUGUGAUUCGAAAAAUAAUUUUACUAUGGAAUUAUGGACUUAGUUAUAUGAUGUAUAAAUAAUGACGAAAAAUAUUUCAAGACUC